AUGGCCAAGAUCUCCCUCACUCCUUACAUCGAUGAAGCCCUCUUGGACCUGGACGACUUUCUCGAGAUCAAGUCCAUACUGCACCCGGUCGCUAUUGGCUCUAUCGCGAAUUUGAGCCUGUUUGCCUACUUGCGGAUCAGCAGUAAUCGGACUGUUGCGCCCUUGACCAUCUGGGACGAGAUAUGCAGUAUCGCUCUGGGCUCGACAUUGGCCGGCAUCAUCAAUGGGAAUUCACUCUUGACAGGCCUGGAAGCGCUGGCCGUCCUGCUACUUUGGCAAUAUAAAACGUCAUGGAUAGGGUGUAGAUUUCCUAAGGCUGGAGUGCUGUUCACCAAAUCGCCCUUGGUCGUCGCGUUCCGAGGUCGAUGCCUGGAGGGACUCAUGCGGAAACAUCGGAUUACCCACACCGACCUCUAUGGAGCGUUUCGCACGGCCGGGAUCUUUGCGGUCUGUGAAGUGGAGUGUGCUGUCGUAGAAGCGACGGGUGUCUUUUCGAUAUACAAGACAAAGGACAUGCCAACGGAUUAUGAUGCUGACGUUCUCUUGAGCAUCAAGGGGCUGCAGGGCAUGUCGAAGAGCUCGAGCUCUGGCAAAUCGAGCGAGAAGUCCAAGCGGAAACGAUCCAUAUCGGAAGCGGAGAGACAGUCGACAGAGAUGGGCGAUGCCUCGGAUGACGGCCGCAGCGAGGGUUCCAAGGGGACCAAGAAGGGAGGACAUGUGGGGGAGGCGGUGGAGCAUGUCCAGAGCGACGAGGAGGACGGGUCGGGUACAGAGGGACAGGCAGAUGGCCAGGGCACGGGGAACGCUCGCCGGGAUAAGAGGAAGAAGAAGACGAACGAGGAUAGAAUAGCAGAUGAAGAGUCCUAG